GCCGGGCGCCGUGGCCGGAGCAGGCGAGUGGCCCCGGCAGCUGGGCAGCCGCUCCGGGUCGAGCCUCCUGCAACCCGGCGGGCUGCCCCCGGCACACCGGGAGGGAUGGCAGUGGCAAGACCGAGAGAAAGAGAAACUCCCCGGACGCGGCACAGUGGCAUCGGGGCAAGGACGGAACCGGGCGGUGUGUCAGUGAAGCCUGUCGGAACCGGGAGCAUCGGGGCUUCAGAACGACCCCAGCGCGGAAACUGCUGCACAGCCGCCGGCGCCGCCGCCGGGGUUUCUACCGGACUCACUCCGUCUUAUUGUCUUGCGCGGAGAGCCUCCCCUCCGAGAGGAAGCAGGGGGGACGUGAAGCCAGCUUGCUAGUCUACCGGCCUCUCUUUACCCACUCGCCGUGUCCGGGCCGGGACAAUAGCUCCAGGAGGCCGUUUUGGAGUCAGCGUUCAAGCAAGUCAAACGCCCGGCCUGCAACGAACGGGAGACUCUCGUGGGAUCUGCCCCGGGACUGUGCUGAGGUUGCCUUCAAUACCCGGGAUUUUAAGCGAGGUUGCGGGUACCUGAAAGACCAAGGAAGGAAUGUGGGACGAGAAGCGUGUUUGAAACAUUGUCCAGGCCCCCUUCUAAGUAGUGUUAUGUGUCGCCUCUUUGAGUGCUUUCUUUUAAACCCCGAGGAAACAUUGUACAACCGUUGCGCACAGCAGGCAAACAGCGUGAACCACACUUUUACCCGUCACCUACACCAACACAGGAGUCACUAUAUUAACCCGUGCCUAAGUCGAUGCAUGAAAUACGCUUCACUUGAAAACAGGACAGACUGGCCUGUAUCGAAUUUAAGUGAAAACAGAGUUAAGUGUACAAGUGGAUAUUUUUGGCGUUUGAUAAGCCCACGCAAUUGCAAUCUGUGUCCAAAAUCGUGCUUAGUUGUUUUUGCAAAUAUGUGCUCGACGUGGGGAUCACAUUGUUUGAAUGACGAGGUUUCAGCACCAUCCGUGGCGUGGACAGCUCCCGGUACGGUAAGGGAACCAUCUUCUGUUCAAAGGCUCUGCAACCCGGAGAACAGAACAAAGAGCUUAGGGGCACCCGCGACAAACCUUUCCCGUCCUCUCAGCUGUGAAGUCUUUCACAGUCUGCAAUUCUUUAAAGCCACCAAAGGUUGUUUGAAAAGUCUGCUCUUUGGACUUAGGCCAAGGAAUCAUUCUAAAAGCUAUUUGCUUAUACUCUUCCAAUUAAACUCCAGCAAAGCUAUGCAAUUUGAAACAUUUAAUCCCCAAUUUGGCAGGCGGGGAAAGAGAGCCGUCUUUCCAGUACCAUUAACGAGAACUAGUAGAUCGGUCAAUCGUCGCCCUCAUUUUCCACAAUAUAAUUACCAGGUUCAGGUGGCAGAGAACCAGCCUCCAGGGACCCGUGUAAUCUCCAUUACGGCAGUGGACCCAGAUUCUGGAGAGGCUGGGAGGCUGUAUUACUCUAUGGCUUCAUUGAUGGACAGCAGAUCCAUGGAUUAUUUUACGAUUGAUGCUGAAAGAGGGUUGCUGUCAACCAGCAAAGUUCUGGAUAGGGAGAGCAUGGACCUGCACUAUUUCCGAAUCACAGCUGUCGAUCACGGUAUCCCUCGCCUCUCUGCCACCACCAUGAUCUCUAUAACAGUGAGGGAUACAAAUGACCACAACCCAGUGUUCGAACAAACCGAGUACAGGGAAACCAUUCGAGAGAACGUAGAGGAAGGUUAUCCUAUCUUGCAGCUCCGAGCCACAGAUAUAGACUCUCCUUCCAAUGCCAAUAUCAGGUAUCGCUUUAUGAAUCAGCAAGCUACACAUGCUGUUUUUGAAAUUGACGCCAGGUCAGGUUUAAUUACAACUCGUGGAUCAGUGGAUAGAGAAACUAUGGAGAAAUAUUCCCUUAUUGUAGAAGCCAAUGACCAAGGUAAAGACCCUGGUCCUAAAAGUGCCACAGUUAAAGUUUACAUUACUGUCCUGGAUGAAAAUGACAACAUCCCACAGUUUAGCGAGAAACGUUACAUUGUCCAGGUGAGGGAAGACAUCAGGCCACACACACAGAUUUUGCAAGUUACUGCCACAGAUUUAGACAAAGACAAUAAUGCUUUGGUUCAUUACAAUAUAAUUAGUGGAAACAGCAGGGGGCAGUUCUCCAUUGAUAGUCUUACUGGUGCCAUUGAGGUGGUAACACCUUUAGAUUUUGAGGUGGAACGUGAAUAUGCCUUGCGUGUUCGUGCUCAGGAUGCAGGACGACCACCCUUAUCCAACAAUACAGGAAUGGUCAGUAUUCAGCUGGUGGAUGUUAAUGAUAAUGCACCUAUCUUUGUAAGUACCCCAUUUCAGGUUUCUGUCCUUGAAAAUGCACCUCUUGGACAUUCUGUAAUCCAUAUCCAAGCUGUGGAUGCAGAUUAUGGUGAAAAUGCCCGUCUGGAGUACAGACUGACUGAUACAGCCACUGAUACACCAUUUGUGAUCAACAGUGGAACAGGCUGGAUCACAGUGAGUGCACAGUUGGAUCGGGAAUCUGUUGAACAUUAUUCCUUUGGAGUAGAAGCUUGGGAUCAUGGUUCUCCAUCUCUAUCUGCUUCAGCAAGUGUCACUAUUACAGUGAUGGAUGUUAAUGAUAAUCGACCAGAAUUUACCCAGACAGUGUACUUUAUCCGCUUAAAUGAAGAUGCUGCAGUGGGUACCAGUGUACUGACAGUAACUGCAGUGGAUCGAGAUGUGAAUGGGGUGGUCACAUAUCAGAUCACAGGUGGGAAUACAAGGAACCGUUUCAGUAUCAGCACCCAAGGUGGCAUGGGAAUUAUUACACUGGCUUUGCCUUUGGAUUAUAAGCAAGAGAGACGUUAUGUCCUAACAAUCACAGCCUCUGAUCGCACACUUCAUGAUACGUGCCAUGUACAUGUCAAUAUCACAGAUGCAAAUACACACCGGCCAGUAUUUCAGAGUGCACAUUAUUCAGUAAAUGUCAAUGAAGAUCGUCCAGUGGGGAGCACUGUGGUGGUAAUCAGUGCUACAGAUGAUGAUGUUGGGGAGAAUGCAAGGAUUACUUACUAUUUGGAGGAUAACAUUCCUCAGUUUCGAAUUGAUCCAGACUCUGGUGCUAUAACAUUACAGACAGAGCUUGACUAUGAAGAUCAAAUGACAUACACACUUGCCAUCACUGCCAAAGACAAUGGGAUUCCACAGAAAUCUGAUACUACCUAUGUUGAAAUCAUGGUCAAGGAUGUCAAUGAUAAUUCACCAGUAUUUGUAAAUGUUCAGUACCAGGGCUCAGUCUCUGAAGACGCCCCACCUUUUACCAGUGUCUUACAGAUAUCUGCUACUGACCGUGAUGCCCAUGCUAAUGGAAGGGUUCAGUAUACCUUCCAGAAUGGAGAGGACGGAGACGGAGACUUCACAAUUGAGCCAACAUCAGGGAUUGUUCGAACUGUUCGAAGACUUGAUCGGGAGAGUGUUCCGAUAUAUGACCUCACUGCAUAUGCAGUAGAUCGAGGGAUCCCUGUGCAUAGGACUCCAGUUCAUAUUCAUGUCAGUAUCUUGGAUGUGAAUGAUAAUGCACCAGUGUUUCCUGCUGAUGAAUUUGAAGUCUUUGUGAAGGAAAACAGUAUUGUCGGUUCAGUGGUGGGAAAAAUCACAGCAGCUGAUCCAGAUGAGGGGUCAAAUGCUCAGAUAAUGUACCAAAUUGUUGAAGGCAAUAUUCCUGAGAUCUUCCAGAUGGAUAUCUUUUCUGGAGAACUCACAGCUCUUACAGACCUGGACUAUGAAGUAAAGUCCGAAUAUGUGAUUGUGGUGCAAGCGACCUCUGCACCUCUUGUGAGCCGGGCUACUGUGCAUAUUCGUCUGAUUGACCAGAACGACAAUAGUCCUGUCCUUAAGAACUUCCAAAUAAUUUUUAACAACUAUAUAUCCAACAAAUCAAACACCUUCCCUUCAGGAGUCAUUGGCAAGAUCCCAGCCUAUGAUCCUGAUGUUUCAGAUAGAUUGUUCUACACUUUUGAGCGAGGAAAUGAACUGAGUUUAAUGAAUCUCAACCAGACAAGUGGAGAACUAAGGCUGAGUCGAAAACUAGACAAUAACCGUCCACUCGUGGCUUCCAUGUUGGUGACAGUCACAGAUGGGAUUCAUAGUGUGACAGCACAGUGUGUUCUGAGAGUAAUUGUCAUUACGGAGGAGAUGUUGUCCAACAGCAUCACGGUGCGUCUGGAGAACAUGUCACAGGAACGCUUCCUCUCUCCUUUGCUCAAUCGCUUUGUGGAGGGCCUGGCAGCAGUUUUAUCAACCUCCAAGGAGGACAUCUUUGUUUUCAACAUACAGAAUGACACUGAUGUCAGCGGCAGCAUUUUGAACGUGAGUUUUUCUGCUCUGGUUCCAGGUGGGAGCCAGAGCCAGUUCUUCUCCUCCAAUGAGCUUCAGGAACAGCUGUAUAUGAGCCGAAUGUUGCUGACCUCUGUCUCCAUGCUGGAGGUUCUCCCGUUUGAUGACAAUGUCUGCCUUCGGGAGCCCUGUGAAAACUACAUGAAAUGUAUCUCGGUGCUAAAGUUUGAUAGCUCUUCUGCAUUCAUUGCUUCGGAGUCCAUGCUCUUCCGGCCCAUCCAUCCCAUCACAGGUCUGCGUUGCCGCUGCCCACCAGGAUUUACUGGAGAUUACUGUGAGACUGAGAUCAACCUUUGCUACUCAAAUCCCUGCCAGAAUUCUGGAAUAUGCAGUCGCAGAGAGGGUGGAUACACAUGUGUGUGCCGUGAGGAGUUCACAGGUGAUCAUUGUGAAGUGGACAGUCAGUCUGGGCACUGCUCUCCAGGUGUGUGCAGAAAUGGCGGAACUUGCACGAACCUCCCAGCAGGCGGAUUCAAGUGUAAUUGUCCUUCAGGAGGAUAUGAGAAGCCAUAUUGUGAAGUGACAGCCCGAUCUUUUCCACCAAAGUCGUUUGUGAUGUUUCAUGGCCUGCGACAAAGAUUUCACAUGACAAUAUCCCUGUCGUUCGCUACACAAGAAAAUAAUGGCCUCCUGUUUUACAAUGGGCGAUUUAAUGAAAAACAUGAUUUUAUUGCAGUGGAAAUCGUUGAUGGACAGGCCCAGUUGAAGUACUCAACAGGAGAGUCCAUGACGGUGGUAACCCCAUAUCUUCCUGGAGGUGUCAGUGACGGGCAGUGGCACACUAUACAAGUUCAAUACUACAACAAGCCAAAAAUUGGGUCAGUAGGAAUUGCACAAGGUCCCUCAGAGCAGAAGGUAGCGAUCCUAACAGUUGAUGACUGUGACACCUCCAUUGCUGUCCGUUUUGGUGAUGAUAUUGGAAAUUAUUCAUGUGCUGCAGAAGGUGUACAGUCCAGUUCCAAAAAGUCUCUGGAUCUCACUGGUCCUUUACUGCUUGGGGGUGUUCCAAACCUACCUGAGAAUUUCCCAGUGAUUAACAGGGAGUUCGUGGGAUGUAUGAAAGAACUUCACAUUGAUAGCAAGCAUGUUGACAUGGCAGCUUACAUUGCCAAUAAUGGUACCUUUCCAGGCUGCAAUAUGAAACAGUCAUUCUGUGAUUCAAACCCAUGCAAGAAUGGAGGCACAUGCAUGGUUAUCUGGGAGACCUUUCUCUGCGAAUGCCCUCUGGGAUUUGGAAGCAAGGACUGUGGGCAAGUGAUGCACCAUCCAUACCAUUUUCAAGGAAAUAGUUUACUAUCCUGGGAUUUUAAGAACGAAGUGAAGAUUUCUAUUCCAUGGUUCCUAGGACUUAUGUUCCGAACACGUCACACUGAGGCUGUGCUGGUGCAAGCUCAUGCUGGACAGUACACUACCAUUGUCUGCCAGUUGAACUCAGGACAUCUAUCAUUUGCUGUCAAUCGAGGGACCAGUCGAACUAUAAGGUUGCUGCUGAAUCGAAUGCCAUUGAAUGAUGGGAAGUGGCAUGAUCUUCAACUAGAGCUACGAGACGUGAGGAAUGGGCGUGAUAUUCGAUACAUAGCAACAAUCACUAUUGAUUUCGGACUUUAUCAGGAUACAGUUGUUGUUGGCAAUGAGUUACACGGGCUGAAGUUGAAGCAUCUUCAAGUUGGUGGUAUUCUCAGAGCUGGUGAGGUACAGAAUGGAUUGGAUGGCUGUAUCCAGGGUGUGCGUCUUGGUGAAACCUCUAUUGGAAUUGCAAUGCCAAAACCAAGUCGGACUAUGAACGUAGAAUUAGGCUGCACCAUCCCAGAUCCAUGUGACUCCACCUCGUGUCCUCCUAACAGUUAUUGCAGCGAUGAAUGGCAGAGUUACUCUUGUAUCUGUGAGCCAGGUUACUAUGGUGAGUCUUGCAUCGAUGCCUGUCAGCUGAAUCCAUGUGAGAAUGAAUCUGUCUGUCGUCGCAAACCCAGUUCCUCUCAUGGGUACACAUGUGACUGUGGAGAGAACCAUUUUGGCCAGUACUGCGAGCACAGAAUCGAUCACCAAUGUCCCAAAGGCUGGUGGGGGAAUCCAACUUGUGGACCCUGCAACUGUGAUAUCAGUAAGGGCUUUGACCCGGACUGCAACAAGACAAAUGGCCAAUGCUACUGCAAGGAGUUUCACUAUCGUCCUGUUGGAAGCGAUGCAUGCCUACCUUGUGACUGCUAUCCCAUUGGCUCGUUUUCCAGGUCAUGUGAUCAAGAAACUGGCCAAUGUCACUGUAGAUCAGGAGUGAUUGGACGUCAGUGUAACCAGUGUGAUAAUCCUUUUGCGGAGGUCACGCACAGUGGGUGUGAAGUGAUAUAUGAUGGAUGCCCCAAGUCACUCAAGGCUGGUGUUUGGUGGCCCAGAACAAAGUUUGGACUCCCAGCAGCUGUACUGUGCCCAAAGGGUUCCCUUGGCGUGCGGGCUAAUGGUACUGUGAUUCGACACUGUGGGGAGGAACAUGGCUGGUUGGAACCAGAUCUUUUUAACUGUACAUCGCCACCAUUCAUGCAGUUGGCCGAGACUCUGGAAAGGCUGGAGAGGAAUGAAACUGAACUAAAUACCAUUGAAGCAAAGAAACUUGCCCGGCAUAUGCGUACAGUCACUGAGGAGAUGGACCAGUACUUUGGAAAUGACAUCCACAUUACAUAUCACCUUCUCUUGAAGAUGCUCGAAUUUGAGUGUAGACAACGUGGUUUCAAUCUUACAGCAACACAGGAUGUACACUAUACAGAGAUCUACAGGACCAAAAAUGUGUUAAGAACAGGAAGUGCAGCUCUGGGUCUGGAAAAUGCAGAACACUGGAAUAUCCUUCAGCAGACAGAACAAGGAACAGCUCAUCUGAUGGAACAAAUUGAAGAAUACAUGAGGACAUUGACACGAAAUGUGAAACUCACCUACCUCAAUCCAGUUGCUAUUGUAACCCCCAAUAUAAUCCUAACUAUUGAUCACGUGGAGAAUAGCACAAAGACAAGGAAGCGGUUUCCUCGCUAUCACAGCAGACUCUUCCGUGGUCAGUCUACAUGGGAUGCACAAACGCACAUUGUGCUGCCAAGAUCUGUUUUAUUUCCACCAAAAGUUAAAGCUAUACCCACCUCCAAAGAAGUAAACUCAAUCCAAGUGCGGAAUGAAACUAGUAAAGUUUUACACCAACGGAUGUUAUCAGAGACUGAGCCCACUAUGACCAUCCUGAUUCUCCUCAUUUAUCGGACACUUGGCAGUUUAUUACCUGCCCGAUUCAACACAGAUCGCCGUAACUUAAGACUUCCAAAGCAUCCUGUAAUGAAUUCUCCAAUCGUGACUAUCUCUAUCUUCAACAACAACAGCUUUGUCCAUGGAGCUUUAAACUCACCACUAAUCCUGGAAUUCCGUUUACUGGAGACUGCCAAUCGCAGCAAGCCUGUGUGUGUCCAGUGGAAUCAUUCCAGUCUGUAAGUACAUUAACCUAUCGAUGUCAGAUUGUUUUUGAGAGCCCAACAAGUAACAAAUCCUAAGUAUGUUACUAAGCAAGUUUUAUCCUGUAUUGUAAUGCCUAAGCUUCAGAAAUUGACUAUGUCACAUAAAUAACACAAAUUCAGAACCAGCCAGUAAAGGUGGUGAAUUAUUAAUGAAGAAAUAUAGAACUAUGUUUUGUUGCGAUGUAGACACUAGAUCAGUUGCAACAUAGUGUUCCUGCUGUCAGAUGCAUGUUUGAAAAUUCAGUAAAGUAUCAACAGUGUGCAACAGCAAAAACUCAAAAGGUGAGGUUGACCAAUCCUCCUGUAUUUACAGUACCAUGACUCUUCUCAGUAGUCCAAAUGAGAUGACUAAACAGGAAAAACUCUAAAAUAAAAAUAGCGAGCGCUGGAAAAAAUCAGAGCUGGCAACAUCAGUAGAGAAAAAAACAGAAUUAAUGUUUCAAGUCCAGUGGUCCUUUGUCAGACUUGAAUACAGCUUGGAAAGGUAUUUGUGUUGAUAAUGGGAGUGGAGAGGGAAGAGGGAAUGUGAAUAGAAUACAUUGAGAAAAUGCCCAGAGAGAGAGAA